UUUAACUGCAGCCGAGCAGCCGAGCUGUCCAUUGGAAGUCGGAAGUUGAGUUUUGGUCAAUGAAACUUGACAAAAUGGCAGAAGACAACAGUUAUGAGUCGAUGCUCUGUGUGAAGCCCGAGGUCCAUGUCUACCGGAUCCCGCCGCGGGCCUCGAACCGGGGUUAUCGUGCUGCCGACUGGAAGCUGGAUGAACCUGCAUGGAGUGGUCGGAUGAAAAUUACUGCUAAAGGCAAGAUGGCCUUCAUCAAGUUAGAGGACAAAAACACAGGAGAGCUGUUUGCACAAGCUCCAGUCGAACAGUAUCCUGGUUGUGUAGUUGAAGCAGUCACAGACUCCAGCAGGUAUUUUGUGAUCCGGAUAGAAGACGGCAGUGGACGUCAUGCUUUUAUUGGCCUGGGUUUUGCUGAUCGUGGAGACUCAUUUGACUUCAACGUCGCCUUACAAGACCAUUUUAAAUGGGUCAAGCAAGAAGGCGAGCUUGCAAAACUGGAAGCUUCUCAGAGCACAGCGCCUAAACUGGACCUGAGCUUCAAAGAAGGACAAACCAUUAAGAUAAGCAUCGGGAACAUUAAGAAGAAGGAUGCAGGUGGUGCUAAAUCCCGGCCCAUGGGUGGAGGUCUGCUCCCUCCUCCACCUGGAGCAAAGGCUGGAGGCGUCCUGCCGCCUCCUGGAGGACAGCAGAUGGUCUCAGCUGUGCAGACUAACACAGCCCCUCUUCUAGACUUCGGCUCUCCCGUCCCUGCAGCCCAGCCCAGCUCUGACCUGUGGGGAGAGUUCACAUCUGCGGGUUCCAACUCCAGUAAAGAUGCUGUCAAAUCAGGAUGGGUGCAGUUUAGUUGAGUCCUAAGAAAGUGUGCACACACUCAGGUUCCAUACAUUCCAUGGACAGGAAGAUUGUGGCAAAAAGAAACUAGGAGAGAGGAACUGUUGGCAGAUUUGACCGGCUCAUUCGCUGCACUUACUGUGUUCAUACAAAGUAUAGCCCACAGACCAACACACUCUGGAGGAACAAACAUUAAAAUGUACAUAUUUUUUUUUACAAUCAUACUCUUGUUUCACACUCUGCUAUGCAGUAGGAUUGAUUUUAGCAGUCAGUCUGCUCUCUUUGAAACAAUUGAGCAUGUCGGUGGUUGAAGGGAUGGGUUGUCUCCUCGUCACACUAACCAGGUAAAAUGUUGCCCCAUUGCAUUAAAUCAAAUGUUCCUUUUUAUUCUAGUUUCUAGUCCUUUCCCCGUCUAGAAUCAGAUUUUAUUGUGUCCUUGUUUUGACAACAUCCUGCAUAUAUUCCUAGAAUUAUCUCAUUACACCAGCACCGCUCAUCUCCAGGUUUUCUUUCUUUGCAUUUGGGAAAUUAGUUGAAGUGUCCCUGUUUAGCUCUAUACCAAUAUAUAUGUUUUGUUUUUCUGUUUGUAACUAUUUUUUUAUCUUUUUAUUUCUUCUUUCAGUAGAUCUUUCACAGUGUUAUUGAUAUUUGAUUAGUUUUUACAAUAAAUGAAUGCACCCGUAAUCAGUGUCAGAAGAAAGUCAUGCUUACCAUUUUGUCUUUCAUUCAAAGUACCAACAUGAUUUGUUGGUACGUUCAUGUUUGUCUCUGUGUGCAGCCUUCAUAUGUCUUUGCCUUUGGUGUUUUCACUUUUUAAAUUGUGCCUUUUACCCAAUUGAACUCUCCUUUCCUCCUGCUGAUAAUCUGAGUAUUUGAUUGAGUGCCUUUCUGAAAAAGACCUAAAAUGUAUAACAUGUAAACCUUUUUGUGUAAAUAAACUAUAUAUUUCAUUGG